AUGAGUAGUGUGCUGGGGUUGGAAGACUUAGCUGAGGCUCCCACAGAAAGCUGUGAAUGUCCACACCAGCCUGAGCUGUGCAGCUUGAACUCUUUGGUUGACGGAAAUGUUGAAAACCCAAUGAGUGAGGAGCAGAGUAAGAAAGAGGGUAUGUGUUAUCAUGAGGCCCGUUGCCCUUUCAAAUGUUAAUUUUUAUAUCCCUUUACAUUUUUCUUCAGCCAUAAGCUGCUAGUGGCAUUAAACAUUUAUUUCCUUUGUCUUUGCACCACCACCGCUAAAAGGGAUUGUUGUUUCUAUUGCAUACUUUCUUAAAUCUCACAAUGCCCAUCUUUUCAUCGACUGAGAAUUCUAAAGCUAAAGCACAUCUGAGGCCAUACCAUGCUCUCUUCCAGGAAGCAUUGGUCUCAUCUCUUCCCCUCCUCCCCCGUGCUGUAAUCCUAAUGUACCACCUUUAUUCCCAGCACUUUAUUUACUAAACACUAGUGUCUACAUGGCUAAGAAGUGCAAAAAAAAAUAAAAAAUGACUGUUAUAUAUUUUCAGUGCAAUAUAUGCAGUGGUUUAUGUAAAGUACUUAUUUGUUAACUGCUUGAACCUUACCCAGGAAGUUAGUUGUUAUGUCAAUUUUCUGUUAUCAGUUUCCAGGCCUUAUUUUACAGGAAAAAAACAGCUCAUUUCUUCUGUGCUGUUAGUAAAAUGUCUAGCACAUUAAGAGCAGAAUAUUUUGAAAUAUUAUAUGCUAUUCUAGUAGACUCUAUAAACUUUGCACAAUGAUCUGAAACACAAUAAUAUUUGAUAUUAUUUAGUUAGUAAAAUCCUUCGCUCCAGUUUGCACAUGUUCACACAUUUAACAUCUUGUGUAUUAAUGUUAAAUAGUGUUGUUCAUUUACUCCUUUUGCAGCACUUUUGGUGGAUGAGGCUGUAUCCCAACCCCACCAACCGGUUAGCUGUGAUGUCUCUGAAGAGCUAAGCAGACAACUAGAGGACAUUCUGAACACAUAUUGCCUGGAUACAAACCAGGAAGGACCAGGAGAUGACAAUGGGCAGAGUGAACCUGUAGAGAUGGAUGAGGCAGAAAAGUGCCGAAGUGAGUCCCCAAGGAAUGGCGAGCAGGAGCAGAGUUGCCCUGAGAUGAAUGGAGAGAAAGAGGGACCCAGAGGGACCAGUGAUGAAGGCGGCGAGCGGGAUCAGAAACGAGCUCAAGAAAAAAAGAAAGCUAAGGGGCUUGGUAGGUGGUUCCUUCCUGAUAGUGCUCUGCUCUGCUGUCCCAUCCUCAGUUUAUGUCCUAAUCCUAAACGCAGUUGCUAAAGAGUAAUCACAUACUGUUGCAAUCUCUUCAUGGGCCUCUGGUCUCUCUGCCUGCUGUGCUCUGAUGUUGGAAUAGUCAUGCCAGGGCUGUUGUGGCUGGUAUUGACUCAACUUCUUUCUGUUACAGACAUUCUGGACUGCCUAAGUUCAGAUUGUAGAGUGCUUAAGGCAGAGAUUUUUCACAUUAUGAUGACUGAAAAAAUAUAAUGUGAGCUGGCUGCUCUCUGGAAAAUGCUCUUUGUUAUAGAGCAAUGAGGCAGGCAGGAAAGUGUAUAGCAGAGACCAGUCCACAUCCUGCCUCCCCACCCCGAUCUACAAGCUUAUAGAAAACUGGUAGUAAUUUCCACAGUCUACAGGUUUCUAGUUCCUUAGAUUCUUUUGGUCUCAAACUCUUCACCCCCUAGUUCUUUUCAUUGUGAUCUGAAGAUGUGUCUAUAUUAUCCUUUGUGUUCCAGGCAAGGAGAUCACGUUGUUAAUGCAGACCCUCAACACACUCAGCACAUCUGAGGAGAAACUGACAGCCCUCUGCAAGAAGUAUGCUGAACUGGUCAGUGACUGGCAACGUGAGAGGGAGGGAUGCUUGAGUGGGGUAUUAGUGCAGGAGGCAACAGGAGAGGGCUUAUUCUGAAAGUGAGAGCUUAUCUCUGAGGAAACCAGAUGCCAGGGGCAGGGUGUGCAUGCUUUUCCUUUGAAUCUUGUAUGGUUUGUUGUGGGUCAUAACAGGUUCAGAACAAGUGGGACUCCAUCACCCAACUCGUCUGCUAAAGCCAAGACAUAUGCUAUUAUAGUCUGGUGCAAGUGUAGGUUAAACGUUGGGGACGUGCAUGCCAUAUCCAAAUCCCACUUAACCACCUGGUUAAGUGGGCAAACUUUGUCUUCAAGGGACUUGGGAGUUUUUCAUAGGGACCAUAGAUAAAAAAGUUUGUCUAUGAUGAGGAAUGCAAAACACCCAGGCAGCAGAGUGCUCCUUCCUUUUGUACUAGGAGACUCUUUCAGAAACCUUUAUGGGCAAGCAGAAGUGCUCAACAGGCUUCUAGCAGUGCCUUGCCUCUUGGGAAUCCUAAACUAAACCGCAGGCAGCAGUAUGCUUAUUGCCAGGUUGCUGCCAGUGCUGGCAGGAUGGGUGGGUAGGAGUUGUAGAGCAGGCCUUCCCAAACCACUGGUAAAGGAGGCUUUACCAGAAGAUUUACCAGUUAAGGGGUUAAGAGAGCUGCCUUAGACCUGUGAAAUACCUAAAACACUUUAGGCACAAGUGGCUCCAGUUUUAGGAUUCUCACAUUGUUCACUGACCAAGAGUACUUCUGCUAAUGGCUUCCAGUGGCAGUUAUCUCUUACCCCUGAUUGUAAUAGGGGGUUAUUGUUCAGGUUCAUCUCUGCCCCAGUUUGUUCACCAAACCCACAGUGUCAGGUGUAGUGCAUAUCAAUCCACUGACAAUUUAGACAAUCUCAACUGACCUUCUUUGGAGUUUCAUAGUCUUUGCAAUGUCCAAUCUAUGGCAAAAUAUCUGCAAUGCGAUGCUUCCUACUCAAUAUGCUUGUUAAACUGCGGGGUCCAGAACUGGACACAGUGCUCCAGGUGGGGUCAGACCAAGUCAAAAAUAAAGUGGUACUAUUAACUUUCCUUGAUCUGGACACUAUUUAACGUCGUUAUGUGAAUUUGACAGAAGCUUCCUCAUGAUGAAAUGCAGGAUACCCUCAGCUUUGAACAGUAAGGUCUGAAGGGGGCUUACAAGUCUGUUUGCCUAAGUGGCACAAACACCCUUCAGAUCUUGAUGCCCAACACUGCAUUGUGCUGCUUGCAUUCUUAAGAUUUUAUAAUAACUGAAAAGGACUGCAGAGGUAGAAUACAUGAGAGUCCCAACAAUUAGAGUUGCAUCCAGGGAAGAAGGCUGCCCAUUGGGACUUGGGUGGCUGAUCUCUCUUGUGGCUCAGGGAUCUGCCUAUCCAAAUUCAUUGGCCUUUAGCCUAGCCAGAAAAAGAGUGCUGUAUUUCUAGCACAGAAGGGCCACCCAGGAUGAUGCAUCCCUCCACCAUAUUGCUUCAGUACUAGUUUUCCCUCUUCUCUCCUCUCUGUCCUUAUUGCUCAUAUGUUUGGGAACACUCGUUUUACUGCUAUGUGGAUACCAUUACUUAUGCCUGUCCUGGUCUGCUUCUCUUUGUCCUGCCAGCUGGAGGAGCACAGAAACUCUCAGAAGCAAAUGAAAAUCCUUCAGAAGAAGCAGACCCAGUUGGUGCAGGAGAAGGAUCAUCUACGGAGCGAGCACAGCAAGGCCAUCUUGGCCCGCAGCAAGCUGGAGAGCCUGUGCCGGGAGCUCCAGAGGCACAACCGCACCCUCAAGGCAAGUGAGGCCCAACCUGUAGGUAGCCUCUCCCCCACCCCCAUCAAAGCCCCAGGUGCUGUACCAGUGUCUGUGCAGGCCUCUCCUCCAGAGACCUGUGUGACGCUGCUGCACCUUUGGGGUCAAAAGAAAGCCUAUCCAAGCAGCGUAGUUCAGCCUAAGAAGGGAGAUAACAUUGUUGUGGGGGCAGCUCCUGGCUUGCUAUACUGGAUGUCUUAGGUUGCCCUCUUGGCUGAUUUUAAAUGAUCACAGUGGAGACCCCAGUCUGUGACUUUGUAGACAAAUUGGUUGGGGGGGCAGGAUGGGGGAAGAAGGAAGAAGAUAACAGCUUCUGAACUGGAUUUCAGCAGGUGUUUUCCAAUAAGGGAUGAUAAAUAAUUGCUUUUCUCCAGCGAGCCAGUACAAUUUUAGCUAAGCUCUGCCUACUGUGACUUGCAGCCAUUCCCUUUUCCAUCGCUGCCACUGAACAGAAGCCCUUUAAGGGGGGUGCCAAGUAUCCCCACCCGGAGAGCCUUCUGCCCACAGGAGUCCUCAUUCUCGCCCUUCUUCCGCCCCCUGACUUUCACAUGUUCUUUCCAACCUGUCUCUCUAGGAAGAAGGUGUCCAAAGAGCCCGGGAGGAAGAAGAGAAGCGUAAGGAGGUGACAUCCCACUUCCAGGUGACCCUCAACGAUAUCCAGCUGCAGAUGGAGCAGCACAACGAGCGCAACUCCAAGCUACGCCAGGAGAAUAUGGAGCUAGCCGAGAGACUGAAGAAACUCAUUGAGCAGUAUGAGUUGCGAGAGGAGGUGUGCAGCCCACAGUGAGCGGUGGGGUGUGCAUUGUGACUGGGGGGUGAGGGACGACUGGAAUGUUGGGGAGGUAGGGAGGAGACGUAUCCCCAAAUCUCUGCAAGCUUAGUCUUAUGAUAAGAAUUUACUUCUACACCACCUGUUUGUUACCCAAGUGAGGGAACAGCUUUUAAAUAAAACACAGAACCAAGGGAAUUACAGCAAGCUUCAGCAGAUCCAGUUAGGGACCCAGAGUUUAUAUUGCAAACGUCCCACUUUAUCACUGUUUCCUUAGCAACCAGGCCUUUGACAGGGUUGUUGACAUUCCUGUCCCUAUCUGUUCCUUGGAACCUUUCAAGGAGGUGCCAGAUUUCACUCUGGGGCUAACUCAAAACAGACACGGCAAAACACUCUGAGUGACCGGUUGUGCCAAUUUCAGGGUCAGAUAGGAAAGGAAUGCAGCUACUAGGAGUCAUAAAAUGCAGGCACACAGGAAUCAUUCAUGGAUGCAUUCUAGCCAAAGGUUAAAUGCAAUUAUUGAAACAUUUCUAAAAUAAAAAAUAUGCAUUUGGGGUCUCUGGUUUUUACAUCAGUCUGAGAAGUGUGCUGGCUGGGGCUGAUGGGACUUGUAAUCCAAAGCAUCUGGAGGCACUAGGUUUGAGAAGGCUGGGAUACAGAAUGUUGAGCUAGAUGGCCCAAGGGUCUGACUUUGUAUUAGACAGUUUCCUGUGCUCGUUGUAGCAAGUGGCCUGUUGGCAACAGAAGAAGCACCGUUUUGAUACCUGAGUCUGCACACUGGCUUUAAACUGACCUGUCCUAUGCAGGCCCCCAAAUUAAAAUGCUUUCACUUUCAGAAAAAACCCAAAACAUUGCAGCUUUUUUCUGGUAUACCAGAGGCAACCUCCCCAUGAGCGAUUGCUUUCCUUUGGCUAACGUGACUUGUAAAAAUAAAAGUGAUAUUUGUGCCUUGGUAUUGUGCCUGUGACUUUCUGCUCUUGCAUUUGCCAGAAGCGGCUGCUGCUGCUGACUGACAGCCUGUUUUGUCUUUUCAUUGGCAGCACAUCGACAAGGUCUUUAAACACAAGGACCUGCAGCAGCAGCUGGUGGAUGCCAAGCUCCAGCAGGCCCAGGAGAUGCUGAAGGAGGCUGAGGACAGGCAUCAGCGGGAGAAAGACUUUGUGAGUCUUGCUCAAAUGGUCCAAGGAGAAGCCCCAGUCUGGCUGCCGCAGCUGAGCAUCUCUUAAGAGGAGAGCUGCGUCCAAGCUAGGGAGUCCUUUCCCCUCCUCCUGGAUUCUUUGAUAUUCCUCAAAGCUGCAUCAGGCCCUGCUUGCCUCUUAAUUGAUCCUCUAAACAUGGAGUGGAGGGAAGUUCCAGGCUGCAGGGCGCUGUUCUCCUGCAGUGGUGGUGGUGGUGGGGAGUUAAUUUCUCGUACUCCAUUGCCUUCCCCCUGUUCCUUCUCUCUUGCACAGCUAUUGAAGGAAGCCGUGGAGUCCCAGAGGAUGUGCGAGUUGAUGAAGCAACAGGAAACGCAUCUCAAGGAGCAGGUGUGUGCGUGGGUGGCACUCUUCUCUCUCCGCCCCCCUUGCUAUAGUUCACAUUUUCUAUACAAAAUCCACUUUCUUAGAAUGGGGAAACAAUUUUCCUUCUUGUGACCUGCUGGCAGGAUCAGUUGGUCACGACAGGGGCAUGGCUAAAGGAACAGUUGCUUCAUCCAAACCUAAAUUGGGUUGGAAGGUUUUUAGGUACUUAAGAUGGUUUAGUUUGAGUUCCCAGCUGAGUCCUGAGUAGCUCCCUCUUCCCACCCAACCUCUGCACUUGCACUGUUUUUCAGUAAAUGGUGCUUGAAGAAUGUGUGCAUAUAUGUGUGUGUGUGUGUGUGUGUGUGUCAGAGAGCACUUCCCUUUCUCUUACUCAGCCCUGAUCUAAAGAAAGAGUUGUAGACACUAACUCUUCUCCUUCCCUUCUCCUUUUUUCCAGCUGGCCCUCUACACAGCAAAGUUUGAAGAGUUUCAGAACACACUAUCCAAAAGCAGUGAAGUGUUCACAACCUUCAAGCAAGAAAUGGAGAAGGUACUGUAUGUUCGUGCUGCUUUCAUGUGCUGUGGGAGGAGAGGCUCUGACUUAAAUUGUCACUCCUGUUGAACAAUUCUGAAGUGCACCAGCCCAUCCCUUUGAGCUGCUGCCUUGGGAGGGGAGGACAGCCCCUGAACUUUUUCUCUGCCGGCAUCCCAGGACCGACUGACUUUCACUGUUUUUUCCUUUCUUGCUGCAACCCCAUAGAUGACAAAGAAGAUUAAGAAGCUGGAGAAAGAGACCACAAUGUACAGAUCCCGCUGGGAAAGCAGCAACAAGGCCCUUUUGGAAAUGGCAGAAGAGGUAACGUCGCCCCUGCCUUACCCACAUUGACUUCUCUAGGGAAAACGAGUCUCAGGGUCAAAUACAUAGCCAUACAGGCCCCAGAAAUUCCUAUGAGGGAUUGAAACUGUGCCCACCCCUUCAAACCUUUGAAAUCCUUAAGGAUCUAAAUAGAUUAUGUUCAUUUCCCCCCUGACUCUGCACUCAGGAGAGAAUAAUAAAUAUUGGCAGAUCCAGUACAAGAUGCUGGUGCCUCUGUAGUUUUAGAGAUGAGCUUGGAAAUGCUGAGCAACCUUUUGCUGAAGUCUCGACCAGUAGAUGGCCUAUGCGUAGUUUUUCAGUCCUUGGAAGCAUCCUCCUCCCUAUGUGCCACUCUUUGGGGGGGGGGGAAAGGCAUUUUGGGGAAAUCACAAAUCCUCUCCAUCAGAAGAAACCUCCCUUGCUCUCUCACUUCCUUAGUUUUGCUCUUGGCAUUCCGUGCUCUUGAGUCAGGAUUCCUUUCAACAAGCCUUUGAGUUUUUGUUCUUGCUCUUUGCCUGGCGCUCAGUCCUGGCUUUGCAGUUGGGCACUGGCCAGUUGACAGAAAGACAACCCAGGAAUGGUGCCCUUGUUUUUGUUCUUCAUUGCUGGCUGGGACUAGAAGCUCCAGGCCAACCUCGAUGCCACAAUGAGUUGGAGAGGAGUGGAAAGAAGCAGGGAUAUGCACCUCCCUGUCCUUGUACUUGGAAGUUUCUUCUUCCAGAGCACACAUUGCACUACUUGCUGUGGGGCUUCUACACCCAGUGGUACAAGGAGGGGAGGGUGUGGCUGAGGGUUAGUUAGUCUCUGGUCCAGAGCUGGCCUGUAAGCUGGUUAAGGACAUUUCCCAUCUUAAUGAACAAGCAGCCUUCCUGACGUCUUAGCAGCUGUAUUUAAGCAACUUAUUUUUGUCGCCUUUUCAUGAUCUCUUCUGUACCUUGGCAAGCAGGCAGAAGCUGGCCCUGAAAUUGAUUUUGUUUACCCCUUGCAGAAAACUCUCCGGGACAAAGAACUGGAAGGGCUCCAAGUGAAAAUCCAGCGCCUGGAGAAGCUCUGCCGGGCCCUGCAGACAGAGCGCAAUGACCUGAACAAGAAGGUGCAGGACCUGUGUGCCCUUGUGCCUCCUGCUGCCAGCACGGACCUCCAGGGACCACCAAAGGACCCAUCCCAAGGCAGCUCAGAGGAGCUGGCACCUCAGGGCACCACCGUGGAGGAGUGCCUUGCCCUGGCACAGGCGGUGUGCUGCACGGGACCAGCCGAGAGGUUUGGGGAGCCAAGCAUAGGAGGAGCCCCUGCUCGGGAAAAGAUGGAUGAAGCUGCUGUCUCUCUUGAGUAAAGAUGGAGGAAGGGGGAGAGGCGGGCAUACCUCUCCAGAGACUGGGCCCCAGGCCUGGGGUGACAAAGCUCAGUCCCCCACCCCCCAGGCACUUAAGGUGUUCCAGUUUAAGUUUGAAGGCGUUUUUCUUUUCUUUUUUGCUUUAUAAAAAUUAUCUCACUAUAUAUUACACGAUAUGAUGUGCAGGGCAACUCCCACUUUUUAUAUAUAGGCCUAGGAACUAGAUUGAACCACAUUCUUGUGUGUCGUGUGAACAUCUCUAAGUGUGUGGCAGUUUCACCAAAAUACCUUCUGAAGUAUGGGCGUGGGGGAAUCUUGCCAACCAUAACCCUAUUCCCCUCCCCCAAACUCAGUUUGGCUGCUACAUCUCACUGUGGGUGCUAUGCCAUGAAUGCAAAUUUAGGAGGUUGGCAUCAGGGGGCCCUUUGGAGGAUUUGUUUAUUUUUCUCAUAUAUUGACCAGACCCAGAGGCUUAAAACCAGAACAGGAGACUCAGGAGUUUGCUAUCUAGUAGGUUAUUUUUAGCAUGUAGAUUCCCCCAGGAAAGCGGAGAAUAAAGUAGAUGUGACUUUGCUUCACGGGGACAAGAGACUGAGAGCCCUGUUGGUUUGAGGAGAGGGUGGGUGGGGAGCAUCCUCUCUGGGACUUUGCUACUUCGAGAAUCUAUGUUUCAACAGCCUUACGACUUCACAGUUGCCUCUAUGCUUAUACACGCACAAGUGUAUGUAUUAAAGAUUUAAUCCAAAGGUUUUCCUUCCUUAAGUGUUUUGCACAUGAUGAGCACCCGUGCACAUGGUUGCGUGUGAGGAAUGCUCUGGGGGUGGGGUGGGCAGGGGGAGUGAAUCCCCCGCAUGUGUUAUAUACUCCUCUUUGGGAUACUUUGGUACUAAAUGUCCUUCACAGUCCCAGAGGCUCAGGGAGAGAAACCCUAACCUCCCAGGCAGCAAAGCCCAGUAACUAGAAACAAACUUAACACACAUCAGGAGCUGCCUGGAGAUUGUCCUCCAUGACCGGACUCCCAUUUCCUUAUCUUAACAGCACUUUUCCUUGGGCCACUUUGUCUACACAGCUCCAUGUCAGUAAAAAAGAGGUUUCCUAUUUAGUCCUCAGUGCUGCCAUGGCUAGUUUAAACGCAUAGAGGCUUUUUCUGUUUGUGAUUUCAAUUUCUGCUGCUUCUUGGGCUUAAAACCCAACUACAGACUUCUUUGCGUUUUAGUAGCUGCCUUCUUUGCUUUUAAAACUCUGCAUCCCUCCUCUCUGGGGCUAUUAUUAGCCUUUAUUGUAAUUCCUGUCUUGCUGAGCUGCCUAUUCCUCAGUUAGUUGUGUUUUGAGCUGUUGAGUGUUGGUGUUUGGGAACAGCUGUGGGCAGGCACCAUUCAGGCCCAGCCCUAUAUACUUCAAACACUCUUGUGUUAAAGGAAGCUGGGCUUUAGGAAACAGUAUUAGCAAUGCAUUUUGUAUGAUCUGACUUCACUCAAGUUGGCAGAUUUCUUGCAGAGCUGUUUUGCUUCCUUGUUUCUCUUACUGGAGGUAGUGAUUUCAUCAAAGCUUUGGGUGACAUCCAGCAUCGCACCAGCAGAUAUGGCAGGACUUCACCUUUGUCACAGCCCCUCUCCCCACGUACGCCCAAUCUGCUCUGGAGGGUCCCUCAACCCUUGAGCAAUUUCAAGGGUGCAUGGGGGGCUGGGGUGUGGGUGGGGAGAGCAAGUCUAUGCUAUGAAUGGGCCGCCUCCCAUCCUCUUCCUCGUACUUUGCAGGGCUUGGCCAAAAGCUGAUGAAUGUAAAUGGGAGAUAGAACUUUACUCUUGGAGCGGGACAGAACUGAACACUGAGAUGUUUCAAGAAAACCUUCCAAUUUUUUUUAAUGCAGUGGUACAGGCAAUAUCUAGAUCUGUUAUAUAUAUCUAUCUUUGUAUCCAAUACAAAUGAACAUAAACUUGACUGCAUGUCUGUGCUCCUUUUUUCUCCGCUACCAUUAUGGAUAUUGAGGCAGGCUAUUGAGCUUGGCACACAGCACCAAUUUCCAGAUGUCCAUCCCAAUUCACUAAAAACGGUAUUUUGGCCCUUUUCAAGGGGCUUGGGACAGUUUUUGUAUCACUUUCAUGUGUAUUGUAAGUGGUGAAAAUGGGUCUGGGAAAUAUUUUUCACUUGCUUAGCUUCAAAAUCAUUUUUUGGUUAGGAUUCAGAAAUAAAACCAAUGUAGUGCUUUAGAGGGAGUGUUAGACUUCUUAAGCAUUAACACCAAACUUUCAGGUUCCAGUUCAAGAAGACAACUCAGAUUAUUUUUAUUGGUCUAGAAUACUGAAGACUGAAGUUACAAGGGGUCUUCCUAAUUUGUAUUAUAAUUUAAGUGGAACUCUAGCUACAUUUUAAAAAAGGAAACCAUGGAGCCGUGAGGGACCUCAAAGACCAUCCAGUGUAUUGUUACAGCAGCCUUGUAUGGGCCACUCAGCUUCUGUUUAAAACCUCUUAACCAAAAAGAGUGUCCACCACUGUUCCAGGAUUGAAUAUAUUGUGCUGUUAGCAUGGCAAGUUCUUCCCAAUGCUUUGUUGAAACCAUGUAAUUUUGAAUGAACUGGUGUGGAUCCGACUGGAACGUGUGGUAACCUGACACCCUUCUGAUUCUGACCAUUGGCCAGGACCGAUUUUGAGUUGGGUCCAACAAAAUCUGGAGCAUGGGUGUAGCAGCACCCAUAUCUCUAGUCAUACAACUCUGCCAUGAGGCAUCCUAGCCCCAGGCUUUUUUGCGGGGUAGAGGGGACAGGGUGCUUUCAAGUAUUGUACUCCUUCAGCAACACUUGUGAUAAAGGAAUUGUAGCUGUGUGCCCUGCCCCAAAGCCUUAGGCUAUGAAUAUGACCAAACACAGAUCCACCCCCACAGGGAGAAUAUCCUGGGGAGGUUCUGCAGGCCAUCAUGUCAAGCUUAAAGCUUCUGCUUGGGGCAAGCAGUUAAACUUCUAAUUUACAUUUUUCAAGGGAGGGGGGUUCCACCUCUCCUUUUCUUUCUUUAUAAAGGUCCGGCUUCUACCCUGGAGAAAUGUACCAGGUCAAGCUUUCCUGGGCGUGAAGGGAGGGAAGAAGUCUAAUGUACUACUUGGGGUGAAUGGAAGUUGUGGGGUCAGGGAGGGGAGGAUGGGCAGAGGAAGGCCUACCUAGGUGCCUUCCGAGGCCUUCUGUCCACGCCCAGAGACCUUUUCCCUUCGACGUGCUCUUGGGCUACUGAACCCUAUCCUCCAAAACUGGUUUAAGACGGGCGUUUGCAAUGGGCUGGCUCGGAGCGGGAGUGGGGAGCAAGCCAGUUUUCCAAAGGGCCCGGAUCUGAGCGAUGGAGCAGCGGCUGCUGUCCACGAAGGCGGUGGCAGCGUCGGAUCCAGUGAAAGGGCAUGCCAUUCUGGCCACCAAAGCCUCCCUCCGCCCGAGCCCUGGGAAACCAGCUGCAGCCGACCAGAGGCGGAGCGGACCCUGAACAUCGGGCCGCCGUUUCCACAAGCCCCUUUGCGGAGGGGCCUGCCUGGCCACCGCCUCUCCGAGAGGGAGUGCGCGCACUCGCGCACGCGCUCGGCGCUUCUCGGGCGCGCAGCAGCAAGAGCAGCCGCCGCCGGAGCGUCCCCAGUGGCCCGUCUCCGCCGCAGAGGUCAGUGUCUCCGCAGCGCGUCCUCCACCCCAUGCGGUGCGAAGUGGGGGCGGGGGGGGGCGUGGAACCUCGGCGAGGAGAACGUUCUGAUUUGGAACGCGGAGCGAGGAAUCAGCGUUCCAAAUUGGAACAUUGGAGGUGGCAUCUUUUGUUGCUGGCAGAUGGCGGUGGGUGGGAUUAACCGGCCUUUUAAGAUUGCCGGCGGAGAGCGAGACCUUUCCUUCUCUCGCCCCGGACCUCUUUUCUCGGGCAGCGACCUCUUCUUAGAAGCCAGACAGGGCUGUUUGUUAAGGCGCUGCAUCAUCGCCGCCUGCUCUGCACGGUCUUGUUUAUCGAUCUAUUUAUGUGAGCUCCUUAUGUGAUGCAAGAGCGAAAAUAAGAGAAGGUCGAUGAGCCAGGGAGGAUUCAAAUUAGCAAUUCAGCGUUUAGUGUUGUUACCGAAAUGAGAUGCACAGGGCAUUUCUCAUAGCAGGAGAACCAGUCCUCCUCACCCAAGCAGUUGACAACCCCAGCAGCUACUGCUGGAGAAGGAGCCCUUGCACCCAUCACCCCCCCCCCACGACCGACCUCUGAUAAUUGGCCCUAAACCAAGAGGUGUCCCUGAUGGGACCAUGUGCCCUAACAGAGCAGGGGCUGGAACACCAGGGAGCAGUCAGCUUUUGAGAACUGGGCAGAGGAAGGAUUACUGCCCCUUCUCAAAAUGUCCCUUCUGCAAUAUUAACACAUUUAUUUAUGGAAUCAAUUUAAAUUCUACUUUAGUUUUCUUACACAGAGCUAAGGGGUGUAAAAUACUUACCCCACCCUCACAUGGGCAUACCCAGGACUUUUGUUGUGGGGGUCAGGCUUCUGUGAGGAGGACAGAACCUCAGAUUUGUAUUGAUUUGUAUUGAUUUUGAUUGAUUGGGGGGUAAGCUGCCCCCUGCCCCUCCUGGCUACGCCCAUGCAUCCUCAUUUUAUUCUCAAAACAAACCCUGAGAGCUAAGUUAGCCCAAGCAAGCAAGACAUCUUCCCAACAUCACCUGGUGAGCUUUGUGGCUGUGUGGGGACUGAAGCUGUCUCUCCUUAGCCCCAACGCUGAUCAGGGAUGCCAUUUUCUGGGUUGUAUAUUCUGGUAGAGCAUCUGUUAUUCUAGGCUGCAUCAACAGUAGUGUCCAGGUCAAGGGAAGUAAUAAUACCACUUUAUUCUACCUUGGUCAGACCACACCUGGGAUACUGUGUCCAGUUCUGGGCACCACAGUUUUAAGGAGGAUAUUGACAAGCUGGAAUUUGUGCGGAGGAGGGCAGCCAAGAUGAUCAGCGGUCUGGAAACCAAGUCUUAGAAGGAACGGUUGAGGAAUCUGGGUAUGUUUAGCCUGGAUAAAAGGAGUCUGAGAGGAUAUAUGAUAGCCAUUUCAAAUAUCUGAAGGGCUGUCACAUGGAAGAUGGAGCAUGCUUGUUUUCACCUUGUCCAGAGGAUAGGACCCAAACCGAUGUAUUCAAGUUACAAGAAAGGAGUUUCUGAGUAAACAUCAGGAAUAACUUUGUGAUGGUAAGAGCUGUUUGACAGUCAAACAGCGUCCCUUGGGAGGCUGUGGACUCUCCUUCCUUAGUGGUGUUUAAAGCAGAGAUUGGAUGGUGCUCUGUCAUGGAUACUUUAACUGAGAUUCCUGCAUUGCAAGGGGCUGGACUAGAUGACCCCUGGGUCCCUUCCAAGUCUACAAUUCUAUGGCUCUAAGAAGGUACUUAGGUAUCUCCACUGAACCAAAAACACCCAGCACCUCAUUUUCUCAUAUUAUUGUCUCCAAGUAAUGAGAAACUCCUGGGGUAAUACAACCCAUGCAUGAUGAAGGGGAGAGCAGUAGAGACUUAGGCCGCAUCCAGACUUACUGAGCAGUCACAUUGAUUUGUUUGUAGGAAGGUUGUACAAUCUUGCAUCGAGCAAAUGUUAUCCCAAAACCUUCCAGUUCAUUUUCCCCAUCACUUUUCUUAUCACCAAAACAAUAUUUUUUUUGGGGGGGGGGAGAAGCAAAACUGAUGUGCUCGAGCAUUAAAAAAAACUGUGCAACCUGGAUUUGCCAGUGUGUGACUGAAUCCUACCCGAAAAUAGCAACAGUCAGAAAGUGUUCUCAUGUUGUACUUACACAGUUCUCACUGUACUCAAACAACAGCAGAAAUCUGAGUAAAGCAGGGCUGGAGACACGGAGGCAAAAAAAUGUGGUUUUAACAAUGACAGAGGCUUGAGUGCAGCAGGGAUGGAGAGACACCGGGGGGGGGGGGUUGUUAUUUUAAAAAACAAAGCUGUUUUAACAAGGAGAAGUAGCAGAAAUAGGUGCAUCAUAUCAGCUAACACAACAGAGCCUUCCCACCUCCUUGCUGUAUUCAAACCUUUUUCUAAUCUGCCGCUUCACCCCUCUUAAUGUCACCUUGACUCACUCUAUUCAAACCUCUGCCACUGUUUAAAACCAUCCCCUGCUCUGCUUCAUUCCACCCCUGCUUUAUUCAGACCUGCGCUGCUGUUUAAAACUACUAUUUCCCUACUGUGUUUCUCCCUUCUUGCUGUACUCAGACUUCUCCUUCUAUUCCUCACCUGACUCUUGUGUGUGAGAGAGGAUGAGGAGCUCUCAAUGAUUUCAUUGUAUGGAAAGUUCUUUAUUCAAACCUUUGCUGUUGUUUGCUAGAUCCAGUUCCCCACCUCUGAUUCAAAGGGUUGGAGAUGGGAUGUGAGGAAGAGGAAGUCUGGAAGUGGUGGAAGUCUGUUUCUUGUCCUGGUUACAGAACGGGCUGCUGUCUUCAGAACGCUCCCUGGCCUUGCAACACCUGACCAAACUGCUUCCCCUCUCAGUGUGCCUCCCUUCUCACUCCCUUGCCGUUGUCAUGCUGUUGUACAACCUGCCUUCUCUUUUCCUCCCCUACCCCACCACAACUUCCUGCAAAUCCAGGAUUGUGAUGAGUCCUUCAAUGGGGACUUUGCAAUGACAGCCUUACAUAUCUAUGUAAUUGGGAAAACAUAUUUAUAUGUCUCUUAUUGUCUCGUUUACCGUUGGGGUUAUAAAAAAUAUUUGCAAGCUGUGUGAAGAGUUUUAUUAAAACUUUUGUACACCCUGCACUUUUCUGAUGAAAAAAUGUUUUUUAAAUAAUAAUAAAGAAUAUCUGUUCCAGCCUUUUAUUUUCGCUGAAGGUCAGCCAGAUUCCUUUGGAAGGCGCAAGAGCCAUAGCUCAGUAGCAGAGCAUCAGCUUUGCCUGCAGAAAGUCCCAGGUUCAAUCCCCUAUGGCAUCUCCAGGUAGGGCUGGGAGAGACCCCUGCCAGAAACCCUGGAGAGCUGCUGCCAGUCAGUGCAGGCAGUACUGAGCUGGAUGGACCAAGGAAUUGACAGCUUCCUGUGUUCCUAUAGAAGCUCCCCUGCAGAGCAUGGCGGGACUGGCCACUGCCGUGUUGUUUGUCCCAGCGCCUGAUGUUCAGAGGUAGACUGCCUUGGAGCACUGGAGGGUCCAUCUAGUUACAUUCGUGACUGAAAGCCACCAAUAUGCUGUUGCUAUCUCUUUCUAGCUUAUCUUUAG